GGGAUAGCGACCUCAGCGACAUCAGCGUGCGCGACGGCCCCUCUGCUUUGACUGGAGGAAAAGAAUUGCAUUGGACAUAAAUGUCAUGCAUAGCUAUGAUGGCCAGCGAAAGCACGUCAUACACUCCCUGGCCUCCUUGCUCUACCAGCUGCACACACUGUCCUUUUUACUCUCGCCUUCGAUAUGGCUCUAUGUUGCCCGUGUUACCACUCAGUGGCAGUUCUCGAGACCGCGCUCUCUGGACCCCAGCCGAUCGCUCCGCGUCUGGUUUCUCCUUUCAGUGCUGUUCAAUCUCGGAGCCUUAUGGGACCAUGCAAAAGAGGGCGCGGCGCAAGGGAGGUCUAUCAUCCUUGACUUUGUUGGAAUGUCCCAUUUGCCAUCGAAACUCCAUUUGCUCUCCUUGGACUUCCUCAUCAUAUUCCUGCAGAUGCUCCUUACAGUCAUUGCAUAUGAGACGUCACUUGCAGCCGAUAUGCCAUCUAAUACCCCAGACCCCCUCCUACCGACGCCCAUCACAGCCACACACCGGUCCUCGGAAGAGACGCUCAAGACCGACUCGCCGUACAUCAUCGACCUCCGUUUCCCCUUGGUCAUAGACCGUCUCCGCAACCCUCCACCGCCUCCAGCACCUCGUGAAAGAUCACUCGAAGAGGUCCUACCGCUACCGAAUACUACUCCGUGGCGACUGUCGAGCAGGUUGCAAGAACUUGUCAGAAUGGGCCAGGGUGUGAUUGAGCACGGUCGCGAGGGAGAGGCCGCAGGACAGACACAGAGAGACGAGGGCGGAGAAGAUGAGCAGGUUGCCGAUACGAGACAGGCUGUUCCCGGAGCACUGAGUAUUGAGGAUGGUCCAUGAUGUUUGUGACCUGUCAUGUUAUUUAACUUUUGUACCUAUGGAUAAUGAUUGGGUUGGAUUGGAAUCUAGCUACAUUCUCUAUAUCACCAUUUGCGUUUCAUCGCUUCUCGGAGACACGCGCCAAACUUUGAAAACUCCUCCUUACACGCAUCCUUCUUCACGUCCGUGUAUGUCGCAAGUAUGCAUUUGCCAUACGCGGAGGCUUGGGAUGCGCAGGUGCUCGUUGAGUGCAUUGCCAGUCUCUGGAGAGGAGUCAUGGCGGGAGAUGAUUUUGGUUUCAUUUCGGAUCACCAGAAGAGAACAAAGUAGCCUGUGCUUAGGAGUCGAGGAUGUC